UUUCUACAGAUCCCAGGUCGAUCAGCGUGUCAGCUUACACUUCCCAAAUGCGAAGCAUCAACUUCAAACAAAGUCUUUGUUAUAUUACAAGGUCAGGUCAUCCACUUUCACCUCUCUUCCCGUCUGUGGCUUUAAUCACGCACCAGCAUUCGCUCCCCAGUGUUUGCCUCGCAGAUCACUGGUCUUCAUUCGCUUAUGCCCAUUCUUGUGAUACCUCGGCGCUGUAUCUUCCCGUCAGGCCGCAAAUUGCAUGCAGAUUUUCUCUGCUGGUUUUGGAGUGACUCCAACAAUCCUUGCUAACGAACCUUCACCGCUGUUUGUUUUCUAUCCUAUUCUCGCGACCUUCUCACGAUCUUCUCUACAUCAAUUCUUCUUCUUCGUCUAUCUUAUCAAGUUCUCUAUCUUUAUCAGAAUGGCUUCGAUCGAAACUGUGUAUAACCAUAUUGUCUUACCGCCAAGACUCCCCGAUCAUCAAGAUCCGAGACUGGAAGAAACUGAGGUCGCUCUUUUCGAACGGCUCAUCCAUGCCUGUACUACACUUCAAGCCUUGCUACGUUCUCAUCCCACCGAGCCCUUGGCCACCGUCUCGAGCUCUCUACAGCAUAGUCUGCAACUGUCGAAAUGUAAUCUCGACGUUGAUCAAGUACUCAAUUCAUUUGAAGAGUCGGGCGCUGGUUCAAUGGUUUUGUACCACUUGCGAGAACAAAAUUCUGCUUUGAUUAUCAGCAAGCCCAACAGUGACGGAAAAAAUCAGAAUAUCAUCAUUGAAGUGUUCGAGCUGUCUCCGCAGUCAACCCAUGUCCUCGCAAGCAAAGGCGCUCUUCUUUGGGACUUUCCGGGUCGAGCAGUAGAAGUACCACAAGCCGAGUUUGUCAAUCCUCACUUUCGAUCCAAUCUCGCCAGAUACCUAGAGCAGGCCAAUAGAGAGUCUCUGAGCUCAUUCUCUGCGCGUGCAGACAAGGCGAAAGCGUCGGUUGCCGAGUCCAGAGAUACAAAGGAUCCUGCUCUCGUAAGCCAAUGCCUCAUGGCUAUUCUUGAAGGGCUAGGCAGCCCCGUGGAGCCAACUGGAAUACAGAAACGAGUGAACGAUGACGUAAACUUUGGAACGUCGGAGAUUCCUUGGAGACGAGCACCAUUGUGGCUUGGUCUUAGAGUCACGUCUCAACUACAACUGUACAGGGCACUUGGAGAUAUGAUGGGAAAAACCUACUACAAGCUGCUUGGUUGUGUCCUUCUAGCCGAACUCCUACGCGAUGGGUCAGGUGUACUGCAUAUCGAAUUGUCCGUUCUGCUCCGGACCAAGCUAUGUCGCCGUCUUGCCAAGCUUGAAGGCUGCGUCUCAGGGGACGCUCAAACAUUACUGAACAAUGCCCGUGGCUACUUCCAGGACGUCAUAGACCAAGCAAACGAAACUUUUGGCAAUGCUUGGACUUCGUACAAACGUGUAAUCACUCGAAAGAUACCGAUGUUGUCUAGGUUUGCUAGUGACUCGGAUUUGAUCCUACCAAUGCCCCGCAGUAAAGCAUAUCUUGAGGAGCGCAUACGAUCUCUUCAUUUCAAUAUUGAUCUCGUGCAAUCCUUAAAUGCGCAACCAGAGUUUAGCAUUAAGAUGGGAGAAGCGCACAUCGAAGCCGAGCUGUACUAUAGCCUCGCUCUAAUGGAAGAUCACAUUAGGUGCCGCACCCUUCGCAGCCUGACCUGUACUGUGUCACCUGAAGAUAGGGUUAUCAGCCUCGCGAAAGACAUUCUCGGUAUGUUCGCGCGGAUUGAGCCGCUCCAUCUUGGUCCCGACCAGCGCAGCAUAUUUGUCCUGAGUGUAUUCGAUCUAUGGGCUGAGAUGGACAAGUGGCUUGCAGUAGCCUGUCCUCUCACCGUGCAAUAUGAUAUUAUGUUCACACCAGAACUUCUUAAUGUAUUACAACUUUCACUCCGGAUAGAUCAAGAGCGCCUUCGCGUAAUACAAGAGUACAUGUUCGAUCGAAAGCAGAAUUGUCGUUAUCCGGGAAGGAACAUGUUGAGUUCAAUAGACGACCAAUGCUUUGCUGUAAAUUUCGUAUCUGAACAACCAGAUCUACAGGCUCUCCGAGCAAAGAUACAGAAGACCAGCACAAAACGCCGCGUAGCCAAAGAAAGGGAGUGGGCUGAGGCAUGCACCGAGUAUGAUAUGCACGCCAAAGGUGCCUCAAAAGGGUCGUGCGUCUGCAGGACUGACAUGAAUGGAGCUCGUAUCGUCAAGGGUUGUACCCGUUGCUGGCACUGGCGAAUGCAGAAGCGCAUGAAGAUGACUUGCCAUGAGGACUACUUGUCCGCCGACGAAGUGCAGAGCGGUGUCACUGUCUUUGAGCUAGGCACUCCACACCACAUUGAAAUGUAUCGACAGGUGGUCUGGAAGAUCUUGCUUGAUCUGGCAUACCCAGGUAGGCCAGUGCAGUCCUCAGUCCCUUCCAUGGAAUUGGACAACUAUUCACAAUUAGGGCCAUACCGAAGAAAACGAUCUACGUCGAUUACGCUUGCCUCUCAGAAGAAGUCUUUUCUGCAGACACACUUCAGCUCACAAAGAAUGAAAGUUGAGUUGAAGGAUAUCCUCCUACCUAAUGGUCUCAAGUUCGCAUACUAUGACUCGGAGGCGAAAAUAUGGGUGGAUGACCUCAACCUUCCACCUACGCUACAGCACCUCUUUGGUAUCCAUGUUCCUCGAUGUAUCAUCAAUACCGUCAUAGAAGUACCCCAACACCCUCCAGCCACUGUUACAGGACCGAGUUCAUAUGAGAUUGUCGCUGGACAGACUAAAUGCCCAGCAGGUAUUUCGAAGAUGGAAUUCGCAUCUUAUCAGAAGUUGCUGUCCACUAUGAAACUACGGUGGAUGGCAAUACUAGUCGAACUGAGCUCUACUAAUAUCAAUUUCAGCUCUGAAGACACGAUGUUAGUUUUGACGCAACUUUCUCUGCAGGUCGGGCCUUUGACUAAGGUCAAGGGAAAGGCUAUGGAUCAUCAUCACUUCUUACAAGAGUCCCAAUUUUGCGAAUGCCUUCUCGAAGCUCUUGAACAGAAACUCUCCAUUAUUGAAUCCAAUUGGCGAGAGCACAAUUGCAUGGCAGUUAUCAUUAUCUUGCUCUUGCGCGUCAUUGAAAUGUCCCCGAAAGCAUAUCGUACGAUUGCCUUGGAGCUACUAGGAACGGCACGGAAAACAACUUUGAAGUGGGCAACAAUACUUCGAACACAGAUCAUGAAUGCAACGGAUCCAAGCACUGUCGACGUAGCUACGACAUACGGGUUUUGGGCUGCUAUCCUUUGUCGUCGUACGUUCGCCCAUAUGGCUAGCUCAGCCACAGAAAUGACCGCCGAAGAUGUCAAUGUCUUCAUACAGGCAUCUUUAGCAUUAAGAGCAAACUUUGUGGUUGCUAUCAAAGACCUACCAAGCUCUUUGCAGAACUUUGCGACUGCUGACCUGAAAAUGGUUCAGGCGCUCAGACCUCAACUUGUUAUUGCUUUGCUGCUGUAUCAGGUCGAAGUUGAGACAGCUAUCAAAGCGACAUGGGGAGAGCCUCACUCCGUAAGUGACCGAAACGCCACUUGGGUACUUCAGUUGCCACCAUACGAGCAUUGGGUCACAGCAGUAUUUCGCCGCCAGCUUAAUGGCAGAGUCGUCGAGGAUAAUAUCCAAUAUCAUUUCCUCGAAGGCUACCUCCUUGUGAAUGGCAAACCUCUUGGGAGGCUCCCUAAUGAGAUCAGCUCAUCAGCAGAUGUACAGGAUCUCUUUGGACAACAACACUUGUUAACAUUCCCGGCUACCUUCAACGGUAUGAGCUAUCGUCUCGGAACUAGAAUGCAAGGCCACGAAGUAUACUUCGGUACAAAAGGGGACAGAGUCAUCAUUCAAGCCUGGUCAGAGGAUGGUCUGCAUGAGUUUAUACCUCGGCGGCUAUUCAAAGAUGAUACAGGAUUCGAUUUACCCGCCAGCCUCCUUGACGACUGCGUCCACUGGCUGAAACUAGACUCCGGUCGUCUGGAGACGCGACGAAAGCCUCAUGUCUGGAAGACAAUCGCGAGUGAUUGGGUAGUCGACAUGAAUUCUGCUACCGCGAAGCGCCGGUGUGUCAGAUUAGUUAGCCCACAGUCCAGGCUAUUCUCCCAAAUUACUCAAAUCUUCGGCGGCUUCGAAAUCCCGGAGCGGAUCACCGCCUAUCAACCUGCUCGUGGAAGUUUGUGUGUAGAGCUUCGCUAUCUAGAUCUGACGUUCUUUCUUAAUCGGAAUAGACUAUUUGAAUCAAAAGAGCUCCAGUCUGAGAUUGACCCUAAUCAGGACCCGGGUACAUUCUAUGGAUUGAGGAGCAAAAUCGUUUUACGAAACCCGUUGAACUACGAGCAGCGUAGCAUAAUAACAUCAACCGGUCCAUUAAUAUUUGAGCGGCAAGGCAUGCACGUUUCCGUCACAGCAGCCAGCACGUCUACAUAUGCGCGAUUCAAUAUUGACAAAGUCCUGGGUCGCUUGACCUGUGCCCCGGAGCCUUUGUUAAUCUAUCUCAAGGCCAGAUAUCAUGCAUACACGUCGUUCGUAUUGCCAGAUGUACUCACUGGUCGGACUGGACAAGAAGAGGCUCUAGCCAUAUUGCAAUCGGGCCAGGCUUCACCCUGGACUUCUCUAAAUUCGGUGCCUAUCUCAAUACUCGGCGAUAUUGCGAAUCUUUGUCCUUCUCGUGAAUUUUACCCCACGGGAAUGAAACGACUUCAGAGGUGUACAUGGAAAGACGACUUGACUGUCUCAAUUCAAGGAGAUCGCCUCUUUGACGCCGUGUCAUCAAUUCUGCGUCGCUCUCAAGAGUUAGAUUCAUUCAUUCAAAAUACAGGAAAAGAUCUGUAUACACAGUCUGAGCCUGACUAUCUGAGAGAUCGCGCAAUUUGUCAGAGACAACGCUUUGAACGUGCCUCAAUACUGACUGAGAACAAAAGCCUCUGUGUGGAUCUGAAGUAUCCAAGCAGGGACAAAGCGCUCAGUGAAAAUAGAAGCACCGAGGUCUACCAAACUGUGGUCUUGUUGUGCAUGAAGGAGUUCAACCUAGAUCUUCCUCGCACUCUCGCACAAGUCUUUGAGAAAUUUCCUCUGAUAGGUGGUUUCAAGGACGAUCUCAGACACGAGACCUUAACUCUGGCUACCGUUAUGGAUGUUGACCUUGGUCAACAAUGGGGCAGCCUUGCUCGCAUACUCAGCCACGCCAAGGGUGUGUUCAACUAUGACAAUAUGUAUCGACUUGCUGUCUUAUCAUUCAACAAGAACCUAAGCAUAGACGCCAUUCAAAUGCUAGCUGCGUUUGCGCGUAUCCCCGAAAUGGAGAGUAUCACAUGGCCCGAAGAAGACUCAUACACCGACUUUAAGCAUCACGAAGUCCCUAAAAAGAAACCGCUACAGGCACUCAUCCUUCAGAGCCACCCAGCCCCAAUGGGCCGAAUGCAAGGCAGGAGGUUCAAGAGGGAAAUCGAAGCUGAAGACCAUCACGCGAAGUGUGUCGCAGAGAGCAAACUAGUGGCAGACUUCUUCUGUAGGCAAUGGCCCACCACCGAGUUAUCUAUCGAUGGAUUCGAGACAACUAUCAUUGAUCUGGAAGAUGCUUUGGAAAGAAUUACACCGGAAUGGGAACGACUUUCUCGGAAUAGAGGGCUAUCUAUCUUCGUAGAUCAGGUGCAGUCCAUCCUGGAUAGAUAUUACAAACCCCUCGCUUUUACCACUCCUCAUGUCUGGACCGGUCAGUACGUGGCCGUUCAUGAAUCAAAAUUACUUCCAGCACAGUUGACCCCAUCCCUGAUGACCCUUGCGUCUGAUGCAAGCUUGGAACCCCAGCCAAAUAAGGUCGUCCACAUACCCUUUCUAAAUCAGGUCACAGACACUCGGAAUGGACCAUCUGGCCCACAGCGGCCAGCGCCCGUGGAAAAUGACCGGACUGCGAUGGAAAAAGAGCUUGAAAAGAUACUCUGCAACUUCACAAGAUCCUUUAACGAUGUCAGGGCUAGAUAUGGAGCGGAUCUUGAAGCUAGUCUGAGUGUCCUCAGAAAUCGAGAGACAUCUUCUGGUGUUUUAUCGAAGCCGCCGAGCCUUGAAUUAAUAGGUCUCAGUAUCAAUAAGACGAGUGAGGUCUUGAGUGCCCUGUUCAAGAGCAUGAGUCAUUCACUUGAUAGCAGUAUGGUCACUUCUGACUGGCUUCGACGUGGAGGUCUCUGGCCUUGCUCUACAACUACCUCUCUUCUUGAGUUAUUAAGAAGUUCGACUUUGCAACUCAUUAAUAAAGAUCUUCGAGAUCUUCUUCUGGAGUAUGCAAGUCAGCUUGCCACAUUACAAUGGCUGCUCAGAAUGCAGGACGCAGCUUUGAAGUCUGACCAAAACAGUCUUCUAGAAGAGUGGAAAAAUCCCGGUCACUAUGGAUGGGCUCCACGCGACCAUACCGAAUGGCUCUUGAUGGAGGCUGAGAGUAAUUUAUUGAUACGUGGAGAGCAACACAACGUAGCAAAGGAGGUGAUACACCCGAGGAAUGGAAAGAAUACGGUCUUGCAGCUCAACAUGGGUCGUGGUAAAACUUCUUGCAUCAUGCCGAUGGUCGCUGCGGAGCUAGCGAACGGAAAACGACUUGUCCGUCUCAUUGUCCCGAAGGCUCUGUUGUUGCAGACAGCCCAAAUUCUCCAGUCCCGCCUGGGGGGCCUUAUUGGCCGCCGAAUCGUUCAUAUCCCUUUCUCGCGUAGAACGAAGACGACAGGCGGUAUUCUAGGCUUAUUUGAGAAGCUUCACAAAGAAUGUUUGAAAGACGGCGAUAUCAUUCUAGCUGCUCCUGAGCACUUGAUGUCAUUCAAGCUGAGUGGCAGACAGCGAUUAGUCGAUGGGAACUUGAAAGAAGCCAUGUAUAUGAUGAGAUUUCAAGAUUGGCUCGACCAAAACUGUCGAGAUGUUCUCGACGAAUCUGAUCUUUCCCUAGCUGUAAAGACACAGUUAGUAUACCCGAGUGGCAACCAGGUUGCUGUUGACGGUCACCCUUAUCGUUGGAAGAUAGCUCAAGAGCUCCUUGCUAUGGUACAAGAUCAGCUACCAGCACUUGUCAGGCAGUAUCCAAGGCACAUAGACUUCGUCGCUAGGGGAAAAGGCUUUCCUCUGCUGUAUAUUCUCCAUGAAGAUGUCGAAGAUGCCUUGAAUAAGCACCUCAUUGAGCAAAUCAGCGACAUGAAGACGCCUUUGCUAGAGACCAAGAACGAAGUUCCUCUUUGGAUGGGCUCACAGAUACGCCUAAUCCUCAAUAGCGAAGAGUUCGAAAUGACUGCAUUCGAACAGAUUUUAAAGUAUUUCAAAGAUCCAUUACGCGCCAGAAAAACGCUUCUAGCAUGUCGUGGGUUGCUCUCGUGUAGGAUUCUCUUGCUGUGUCUGAAGAAACGCUGGGGCACUCAAUAUGGACUACACCCAAAGAGAGAUCCGAUUGCCGUACCAUUCGAGGCCAAGGGAGUACCUUCAGAGCAGUCUGAAUUUGGGCAUCCGGACGUUUCGAUUGUCCUGACAAUAUUGUCUUUCUACUAUACAGGCCUUUCGAUCGAGCAAUUUAGACAGGGUCUCGGAUUAGUCCUCCAGGCCGAUGACGCUGCAUUCGAGUAUGACAGAUGGUCAAAUGGAGCCGCUUUUCUACCAGAAACUCUACAGCACUGGAGUGUAAUCAACCUUGACGACAAGAUGCAGAUUCACCAUUUGUGGACAUGCCUAAGACACAACCAAGGUGUACUCGAUCACUUCAUGAACAAUUUUGUCUUUCCUCAGCACGCGAAACAAUUCAAGGUCAAGUUGCAGUCGAGCGGUUGGGAUCUACCCCUAUUUCCGUCUAACGCGGCUACGACGGGCUUCAGUGGCACCAACGACAACAAGAUACUACUGCCUCUUACAAUAAGCCAGAAUGAUUUGCCUGAACUCCAUCAAACUAGCGCUGAGGUCUUAACGUAUCUCAUCGAUCCACGCAACCGGAAAUAUCACAUUGCUGAAACAGGAGGGAGAUGGAGUACAGAAGAAGACUUACUUCAUAGUUUGAAAGCAAUGAAAGUUCGAAUAUUGAUUGAUGCUGGAGCGUUCAUCAUGGAGAUGGACAACAAGAGCCUCGUCGAACUUUGGCUCAAGAUUGAUCAUGAGGCUAAGGCGGCUGUAUUCUUCGGCGAGGACAAUCGGGCUUGGGUGCAAUAUAGAGGUGGUCGGAAGGCUCCAUUAUUGGCUACACCGUUUGUCGACAACUUUGAAGGUUGCUUGGUUUAUCUUGAUGAAAAUCAUACGAGAGGCGUGGAUAUGAAAUUCCCAUCAGUCGCGCGAGGGGCAUUGACAUUAGCCCUUGACCAGACAAAGGAUCAUACAGUCCAAGCGGCAAUGCGCCUCCGAAAGCUCGGCACUACGCAGUCCAUCGUCUGGAUAGCACCUCCACAGGUUCACCAGAGUAUUGUGGAUUUCUGCAAGCCCCGGUCAAAGGAAGAGAUAGAUUCAUCCCACGUGGUCUCGUGGCUCCUAGAGCAGACCUGCCGAUCAAAUGAGCACAUGCAAAGUCUCUUCAUCGCGCAAGGCACAGACUUUUGCCGUCGCUUUGAUGCAGUUGCGAGAAAUAGAAAUGCAAUCACAGACAUCAAACAGCGUGAAAAUCUUCUAGACGCCAUUCAACAUCCAGAGAUGCAAACUCUCGAGCAGCUUUACGGCGAUGCAGAAACCCCUGAGCGAGUCCUUCAGCAGCGCAGCUCAAUCAAACAUCCCGCGCUCCAGCCUUUUGUUGACGACUUCAAUCGCCGCCAGAAUAGUUCAGCCAUGGUGGAUGCGCAACGUACGUCUGCUUUAGAGGAGGUUGAACAGGAGCGCCAAGUCACCCAGGAGAUACAGGAGGUGCGGCAGGUUCAAGCACCGGGGCAUGCCACGGCAUUAGUAUUCCCUGGACUACAUCCAGCCAUAAAGUCUUUUGUACAGACUGGAAGUCUACCUGACGACUGUGGGUAUUUCAGAUCGCUAGAGGUGUUAGUCCAGACAAGCUUGGGAAAAGCGCAUGGAUUAAGCACAGCAGGUUCGAGGGUCUGGGUGUCAUUGGAGUUCAUGCGGACAGUGCAAAGGAAAGGGAAAGCGGGAAAGGACAAUUUCUUGCGUCCCGUGGAAUAUCUCCUUUUCUCUUCCAAGACGUACACUGCACUCGUCAUCAUUCCCGAAGAAGCCGAGGCAGUGCUUCCUCUCCUGUUCUCGCAGCGCUAUCCAAGCAUGCAUCUGAUCACAUACGCUGCUCCAGUGUCUAAAGGCAUGUUGAGAUUCUCAGAUCUUUCCUUUUACGCCUUCCCAACUCUUCCUAGUGGACUGGUGAUGCCUCGAUGGCUAACAACCGAGCUCGGCAUCCUCGCCGGACGUUUGUAUUUCCACUUCAGCGAGUAUACAUACAUCAAGAACUUAGUCACGAGGGAUGCACAUGGUGCGAACGAAAGCAGUCAGGCGAGUGAUUCCGGCUCUCGCAGCGUGACAAGCAACACUAGCACCGAGAGUCUCUCGGCAGCGGAUAGCACGGAGCCUGUCCUAUCUCUCUGUCCUAGGCCCGCACCAUUUCUUCUUUCAUAUCUUGCUCUUCGCCGUCAUGGACAAGAUAUUUUGAGUACACCGAUGGGUUACGUUUGCCAAGGACGGCCCUUGACCGAAAAACACGCAUUCUUCGCGGGGGGUGGAGGUGUCGCAGUUUCAUCGAUCGCUUCCACUGCCAACACUGGUGAAGGGAUGGUAAGAGGCGAGUUCAGUGAAGAAGAAGAAGACGGUGAUGAUGAUGAUGAUGAGGAGGAGGAGGGGGAGGAGGGGGAAGAGGAGGAUGAUGAUGAUGACAUUAGUGGAAAUUAUGAUGAGGACUAAGGCACAAAAUGAGAAGAAGUGAUCUCACAAUGGAAAAAAAAAAUACAAUUAUGGUGUAGAUCGCCACAGUAUCUUCUCUCAAAUGAUGGAUACAGAAAGGGCUCUUUUCGGUCAGUUCACGAAUAUAUCGGUGUAAUGUUUGGGAAGUCAUGAGAUCGUCAUACUAGCGAGGAUUGUAACAUCCAAAGAAAGACUUUUGUAAAUGCUGUGCAGUUUUUAGUCAUGGCUACCACGAAAUUCUUUCUUUUUCUUGUCUUCUUUGUCGGCACUCUUCACGGAACACAUACAUCACUUUUCGUUCAACAAUUACACACAUAAGCAGCCAGGCACAACAAUCACGCUGUUUCCGACACACCGAAAUUACUCAUCCCAAGCAACAAUAUCUCGCCCGAUUAUAUAACACAGUGAAACGAAAACGAAUCUAUCUUUCCC